AGGCCUUUAGUGCGGUAAUACAUUGCCGCCUAACUUCUUCAGCCUCAGUGCAAUCUUGAUAUCCCAUUAGACAGUCGCAACCAAAUCAAAUACAAGAAAAAAAAGUUUAGGUAGCCGAAAAAACUUCCCAAAUAAGAAUGGAAAACAGAGAAAAAAUCAAGACUAUUGUUUUCACCAUUGCUUGUUUUUCAGCAAUAUUAGCUACUUCACAUUACUACUAUCAAAAACGUAGAAAACAGAAAAAAUCUUCUCAAAAUAAUUUAUGUUAUUUAGUAAAAGAUAAUUCAAAACCUCAAAAUUCAUUCAAACAUAUUUUAGCUGAUAACUCUUAUACGCAGUUCAAACAUUUAAAGCGUAACCUAGAUAAAUCUACAUCGAAUUCACAUCCAUAUGAAGAAGAAAUUAUGGGUUUGUUACAGAAUCUUACUCCUCAUGCGGGGAGGUUUUUUAAUGGAGAAAUGGAUAUGGAGAUGAGUAGCUCUUACAUCUGGGUUGACACAAAAUCUCAGUUAUAUGAACUUGUUAAGGUUUUGAGUAAUGAAAGAGUAUUUGCUGUUGAUACUGAGCACCAUAGCUUAAGAUCUUUUUUAGGAUUUAUUGCAUUGAUGCAGAUUUCUACUCAGAAAGAAGACUAUCUUUUGGAUACAAUUGCGUUGCAUGACGAAAUAAGUGUGCUUGCUCCUGUAUUUGCCGACCCUAAUAUCUGCAAGGUUUUUCAUGGUGCCGAUAAUGAUGUUCUCUGGCUUCAAAGAGAUUUUCAUAUAUAUGUUGUUAAUUUAUUUGACACUGCAAAGGCGUGUGAGGUGUUGUCAAAACCACAAAAAUCCUUGGCUUAUUUACUCGAAACAUAUUGUGGAGUGUUUUCAAACAAAACACUACAGCGUGAAGAUUGGAGACUGCGUCCACUAUCUGAAGAAAUGGUUGAGUAUGCUCGUGCAGAUGCGCAUUAUCUACUACACAUUGCAGAUUGUUUGAUAACUAAACUCAAAGCACAAGACAUUGCAUGUCUUGAUGACACAUCCCUCUCUUUUCUCGAGGCAAAUCGGCGCUCAAACAUGGUGUGCUUGCAACUAUAUACGAAAGAGAUUGAAGCAUUUCCUGGAGACUCUGCUGCAUCAUCGAUAUUGUCGCGGUAUUUGGACGAUCAAGGAGGUGUUUCAUCUCACUCUGAGACCAAGGAUCUUGUAGGGCGAUUAUGCAUGUGGAGAGAUUUUAUGGCUCGUUUGCACGAUGAAAGCUUGAGGUUUGUUUUAUCAGAUCAAGCUCUUGCUGCUCUUGCCUCUAAAGUUUCGAAGACAACAGUAGAAGUUUAUGAUGCCAUCUCUGAAGCUGAUUUAAAUUUGGAAUCGGCAGUUGGCUCCUCCCAUGUUUCUCCAACCCCUGUUGUUUGUAGUCAUAUAGAUGACUUGACCUAUCUCCUCCAAGGAAAGGUGGAAAGACAUGAUGGUAUCUUUGGGACUAUUCUUCAAAAGCAUCUAGGUCCAGAUGGAACUUGUCCGCUUUCUGUUUUUAACUACGCUUUGUUAACCAAAUUUAAUUUGGAGCCAACAAAUGGAUUCUCGACGAGACAAAAUGUGGGUAAAGGCUCCAAAAGAAUUGGUCGUGAAGCUUCUCGAAAGUUGUUUGUACAAAAGUUCUCUUGCAAAAAUCCAGUUUAUCAUAAUUGUAGAAUUUACGCAAAUGAUGGUCGAUUGCUUUGUUAUUGUGACCGCAGAAAGAUCGAUUGGUAUCUUCGUCGCGGUCUAGCAAAACUAGUCGAAGAGAACCCGCCAGCUAUAAUGCUUCUUUUUGAGCCCAAGGGUCGUCCAGAACAUGAAGGAAAUGAUUUUUAUAUUCAAAGUAAGAAGAAUAUAUGUGUUGGUUGUGGUGAAGGGAAGCAUUAUUUACGAUACCGAAUAAUUCCAUCCUGCUAUAGAGUGCACUUUCCUGAACAUUUGAAAAGCCAUAGGUCUCAUGAUAUUGUCUUGGUUUGUGUGGACUGCCAUGAAAUUGCUCAUUCUGCUGCAGAGAAGCACAAGAAAAAAAUAGCUGCAGAAUAUGGAAUUCCACUCUUUGUUAAAAACGUUGUUGAUUCAGGAGAAAAAGAAGUUUCCACGGCAUCCGGCACCAUGGAGAAUCAUGAUCAAGCUGGUGUGUCUCCAUUGCAACUGCGAACUGCAGCGAUGGCUCUUCUACGGUAUGAAUCUACGAUGCCAUCCAGUCGACGUGAUGAGCUAACUCAGGUUGUAAUGAAAUAUUUUGGGGGGAGGGAUGUAUCGAAGGCAGACCUUGAAAAAGCUUUAUUAGUUGGUAUGAGUCCUUAUGAGAGAAAAAAGCUUCAGAAGAAAAAAGGGAUCUCCUUACAACGUAUUUCAGAGGCUAUCAUCCCUGACAAGUCCAAGGAGAGUAUGGCUGACAACACUAAUAAUUGUGAGCAAACUCUUGAAGAAGUGGAGAGUUGUCAAGAAAAAAAUCAUCCUACUACUCAAAUGGACACUGGGGAAAAAGGUUCCAACGUAGGCAUUAGUGAAGGGGCUCCCAUUACUAAAAGUGCAGGUAGAGAUUUUGAUGAAAGCUGCCUUACUGAAAAGGAAAAUUUGCAUGCUCUGGAUACGGAUGAAGACUUGGAAAGUAAAAAGCCAUCAGAUGGCAACAGUAAUCCUAAUUAUUCUUAUGGUACUGAUGCUCCUCCAAACCACAAUCAUAAGUUGUCAUUAUUAGGACAUGGACCACAUGGAAAACAAGUUGUGGAUCACCUACUAAAAGAAUUUGGGGAAGAUGGAGUUCGAGAAUUUUGCCAAAGAUGGAGGCAAGUGUUUGUGGAAGCUGUUCAUCCUCGUUUUUUGCCUGGUGGUUGGGAUGUAAAGCAUAGCGGAAUACGCGAAUUUGGUGCUUACAGCGUGUACAAUCCCGAAAAGAACGCAUCAGAUACUUCCAAGGCUUAGAUGGGGUCUGCGUAUCUGAAUGUACCGUAGGAAAGAGCUGACCUCUGUCAAGCCAACUAAGCAAUUUCCCGGGGUCUCGGCUUUUUUCCUUCUUGUUCUUCAUCAUACAUGCACUUUGCUUGCACAACAGCAGCGAGGAACUAACAGUCAGAUUUUUGGUCAACACCCAUCAUGCGUCUCAUCUGUGACAGACCAUUAUGUUACGUUUGUGAAGAAAGAUUUUGUUUGGUUGUAAUCAGUCCCGGCUUCCACCAGUUGGGGCAAGAAAAUUAUGAUGAUUCAUAUGCUGUAAAAGGACAGGAGAGUUCUACAAUGAGCACAGGAGUGUUCUAUCGUCUUAGGCCAUUCUAAAUAUUAAUCUCUGUGAGUCAUUCACUCAGUAUCAGUUUCCAUUUCAAUUAUAUAAUUCUGCUGAGGAUAAAUGUUAGAAGGACGAUAAGCCUCUGUUUGUAUUGUAUCCAUGAUAAAUGUUGCAUGGUUAGUUUCUUUGCUC